GUGAUAUGUAGACUUUGGUCCACAGUUACGGUUUACACUUGAGAAGGAGCUUUUCAGGAACUGCCUCCUGUUCCUUCACAAGAGUUGCCUGAAACGUCUGUGGAGAAUUCAACAAGGAAACCGGCAUCUUUGUGGCAUUGUGCACCAUGGCCAAUCCAAAGGUAAAGAUCUUUGUUGCCAUCUUCUCCCUUAUUUGUGUUCUUCCUUGUGACUCCAAACCCUGGCGAGACCCGGCCGAAGCACCCUGUGAGCUGGCAUGUGCUUGUGAUGGACUCUCAUUCAUGAAUUGUUCAUCGUCAGGACUGUCCUCACUACCCAAGACUGUACCCUGCUGGGUGAGAACUCUGGACCUCACAUACAAUCAUUUCGCCUCAGUCUUUCUUCCUGCUAGAGAAGGGGAAACAUGGAAAGCAAGAGAUCUCCAACUUGGGCAUAGCAAGAUCAGCCAUCUGUUUCUGUGCUGGUGGCAUGAAGUCCAUGAAGAAGAGCAAAGGGGAGAUUUCAGGAUAGACGUUGGGAGGAACUGUGCUCCAGAUGUUGAAAUUUUGUCAGUCAGAGAUAACAUGCUUAGAAAUCUUCCUAAAGGUCUCCAGCAUCUUUCAUCACUACGAGCCUUAGACUUGUCCCACAACAAGAUAACGGAGAUUUUAGAGGAAGACCUUCAUAAUUGCAAGUCUCUGACAUCCCUUUAUCUUCAAAACAAUCAUCUUUCCACUAUUCACCCUGAAUCUUUCAAGACAACAAGAAACUUAAAGGUACUAAAUCUCAGUAAUAACAGGCUAGCCAACAUCCCUGCAACUGUUGUAACAACGCUAAGCAACCUGCUGGUAGAGUUUGAGGUGUCCAACAAUGAGUGGAUCUGUGACUGCAGACUGCUGCCAUUGAAAAGGCUGGCAUCCCCAUUAUUGAAAGACAGACGAGGAGCACAGCACAUUUUUUGCAAGAAACCGUCACACCUAUCAGGAUGGGAUUUGCUCACAAUGCAAGACUCUGAGCUGAUCUGUGAAGGAAUAGAUGACCAGCACACCACAGUUUUAUAUGAAGUGAUGGUGUAUGCUGGACAAAAACUGGUGCUUACAUGCUGUGACACUUUGAAGAAAAACUGCACAUUGGAAAACUGGUGGACUCCACAUGGACGAGUUUCAAAAAGAAAGGGAAAGUCCAUGUGGCUCAGUUGGGAAAGAAGCUUGAUUGUGAGGAACAUUAACGAUACAGAUGGAGGGCUUUAUGUGUGCAUUGCUGGAGGGACACAGAAGAUGAUAUCCAUUACUAAUGUCCAGAUAGAGAAAAACAAUAGUGGUGCAGCUGUUAGAAAGGUUAGAAAUGUUGAACCGCUGCCUAGACAAAGGACACAGUCUGAGUUCAUUUUGGCAGUCUGCCUGUCUGUCGUCAUUACCUUUAUUUGUUCCUUUGUGCUUGGGUUGCUGGCACGACCUUUCUUAGAGCGACUGUGGAAGAAAAUUCGUCCCCAGAAGAUGUCAGCCUCUGAACAUGUUUAUGAAAACAAUGCCUUCACAGAAGGAACUGAGAUUAAUGAUGAGAAAGAGAGAAUGGAGCUUGCUGGAGUGAGCCAAGGACAAGCUAAAAAUAACAGUGAACCUUUGACCAAUUUGCACUUAGUUCCUAUCCAUUCUACUACAUCCGAUCCAGAGCAGAAGCAACAUGUCCCAGCAAAUGCAACUGAAAAACACUGCAAAGCAGAUCCAAGUUCUCAGAUUUCCAAACCAUAUCCAGUCCUAAAUGAAAUUAGCCAGCCUUUGGGUGCGGCAGAUGAUCAGAUCAAGAUCAACAGUUUGACAUCCACUUCACUGGAGGAUGUUUCUUUAGAUGAUUCUGGGUCCGACUCUAGUCCAGAAAUGAAUGACAAAUACAAAAACAAGUGUAUUCGAGUGAAAGUGCAGAUGGAGUCACCUAAAGACAUUAAACCAAACGAUCAUGUUGUUCAAGAGACAAUUGAAAGUGACAAAGACAGCACCAAUUCUGAUAUGAACUUCAGGUACAUCUAUGAGACAUCAUACAACAGUCCUAGGUAUCCAGAGGAGACAUUGUGUGCCCAAAUAGUAUCAUUCCAAAAAAACUUGACAGAUCAAGACCCUGAUAUAAUAAAAACAAUAAAUUCUGAACUGGUAUGUGAAAUGAACAAAGAGGAAGGAGACUCACCAGGGAAUCUGGGAGAAGAGCAUUUCCUGAAUGAUUCUUAUUGCAUGCAGCCAGAUAUAAAAAAUGAAAGCUGGAUUGAUCUUGUAGGAACUGUUAGAGAUGAAGGUGGUGAGCAGGAUUUCUAUAGCCAAGUCACUUUUAGCAAAGUGAAAGUAGACGAUAUUAACAUUUACAAUGUUUAUUCAGAUUUUCCACAAUCUCAUCACUGUGAAAAAAUAAUUCUUACUGACGAAGAUUCAGAAAAUGAGCAAGACACACUUUCAGACGAAUUCACUUUUUUACAUGAUAAGAAAAUCCAUGAGGCACAAGGAAACUGCAGUCAUGAGUUAACUACAAGUGUUGACCUAGACAGAAUCGUUCAUAACCCUUUGAAAGAUGAUCAGUUAACGGAUUCUUAUAUUUUAAAAACUGACUGGAGCCCCCAUGAAAAUGCACAUGUGCCACAACCACAAUGGCAAACAGUAAAACUGAAUGAUGAAAACAAAGAGAAUUAUAAUGCACUCCAGCAGAGAUAUCUUGGUGAGGAUAAGCCAAGUGAAAAAAUGCAAGACUCUAUUAUCCACUCUGCUGUAAGUGAAGCACAUAUUUCAGACCAUUUAAAAUGGACCUCCAGGUUUGAUUGGCCGGUACUAACAGAGACAAGAGCUUUAUUAAGAUGCAACACUUACACAGAAAGAUUUCCAGUAGUGCACAAUGAGGGUGAAUUUAUUGAAUCAGCGCCAUCCAUUUCAAAUCAGCAGUUACUAAGUAUUAGUGGAAAAAAUACAGAAACCAAAAAUGUAAGCAGUGGCAUUAAUGAAGAAUUAGAGGAUUUUAAGUGGGCUGCCUUUGACAACUCAAACUGGGAUAACACUGGAGAAUCUUUGUUUUCAGAAUUGGGCAAAGAUGGAGAACAUCUUGAAGUUAGAAAAGAAAAAAUAGGAAAAGACCUCAGUGAGGACAGAGUUAGGAUUGAUAGAGAAGUAAUAACAGAAACACAAGAUAUAAACUACAACAUCCGGGGCACACAGAGUGACUCAAGCGGGUCCACACCAUCUCCGCCACUUAGGAAGAACUCACUUACCAAGAGUACACUGGGGCUAAAGGAAGCUGCCAGGCCAAACUCUGACAACUGCAACCAGUUAAAAGGACUCUUUGGGGUUACAGCUUGGGAUAACAUGACAUGGAGUGAGCAACACGCAGGAGAAUCGGAGUGUGAAUACAGUAAACACAUGUCAGAUUGUACAACAGACAUAACAGUCCUUCAAGAUACUGCUACUAAUAUUUGGUCAAUUUCAUCAGUUUCUGACAAAAAAACUAAAAUGAAUGACAAAACAUUAAACCCAGAAGGUUUCAGCUGCUCCAAAUUGGACAAAAUGUUAGAUUGUGAGGAUGACACAAUUAUUGAAACUACCUUCAGAGGAUUGUGUGGAAGCGAGAUACAUUUGGAAAGUGCAGACAACGAGAACAUAAACACUCCUCAGACUUUUAUAGAGACGCUUAAUGAAUGUCAGAGAUGUUCAAGUUAUGAUAACAGAUUAGACUUAGGAUGUGAUCACUUUUACAGUGACGAGGAAAACUUGGGAGAGAUUCUCAACAACCUUUUUUCAAGCACUAAAGAGAACAAACCAGAACCAGAAGUGAACACGUCAAGUCUACCACCCGAACAUCACACCUUUCUCUUACAAAGUGCACAGGAGGAUGGCAGUGAUGUGUAGACAGCUGGGCACAUUUACCUGAAAAACGUUUUUGUGGUGACCAACGUGCGGAAUACCUUGACAAUGUUUUACAGCUAAUAUAGAUACAGACAGACAGACAGACAGACAGACAGACAGACAGACAGACAGACAGACAGACAGACAGACAGAUAGAUAGAUAGAUAGAUAGAUAGAUAGAUAGAUAGAUAGAUAGAUAGAUAGAUAGAGCACAUGACCAUUAACAUGAAAUGCGUAAUCUCAAAAAUUUAGUUAGUGAUGCCUAUGAAAUCAAAUGACACAAAACACUAUUAUUAUGAAUUAAAAAACAGGACUGGGUAAAAUAAAUAAUUCUGUUGAUAUGUAUCUGUUAAAAUGUACGAGGACAGCUCUGGGCUCAAGAAUUUGGGUGCCACAU